AUGCGGCUGUCGCAAAAGAAAGGGCUCUUCGGGCUGUCCGCCGGUUAUAAAACACACUUCAAUGCUGCAGACACCGUUACCAAAGGACAAUUGGAGUCCUGUCUCCGUUCUCUAGAGUCACGGCCCCAGUGGUGGACAUCAUAUAGUAAUAGUAGGCAAAAUGCCGUGGUCAUAUGCCAAGCCGCCAGAUUCGAGAAUGAAAGGGAGGAAAUCAUUGAACUCCACCGGUCUAUUAUUGAAGGCACGAUAAAGCUUGAUCAUGGGCUUCAGGAAGCAUUAAAAGUGGCCGCAACUGGGCUCUCUCAAUCUAAGGAGUUCCUGCAAUCAGUCGAAGACAUGAGAAGCAAGCUGGUAGUCAGCAUGGAGGAGACUGAGCUGCACUUCAAAACUAGGUUCGAGAAUUUGAUCCUCGACAUGGGUGUCCACGUUGGCUCGAUCCUAGAGCCUGUGGUUUCCACUAUAAAGAACCUACAUAGCAGCACGGCGUCCCUCGAUAAGAAUAUAGCGAAUGCAGCGGAAGGUGUCAACAACUUACGGAACAUCUUGAAGCUCGUUCAGGAUGAAGGCAUAGCAUGGGGCCAACAGCAAGCAGUGACUCGACAACAGGAUGCUCUUGCGGUUAGUGACCUAGUUUCAGACGUUCAAGGCAACAUGGAAAAGCUGUCUGGCACUGUAGCAAACUUCGACUCUGCCCUAGAAUGGCUUGCAGGCAGGUUUGUCCAUAUACUUGAGCAAGAGCAAGACAUAUCUGAGCGCCUGAGUAAUCUUGAAAUUGCCCUAAGUGGAUCUCAAAUAAUCGCUGAGGAACUGCGCAGCGCUCAGCUAGGGCAGACUGAACUCCAAGAGCAUAUCCUCACAAAUAUGCGGAUCUCUCAAGCGCUUGUCGAUAAAACAACGGCCGCAGCUGCGAACCUGCAGACAGUUGUCGACGACACUGUAAAACGAUUUGAAAAUCCUUUUAAUCGGCUUUGUUGGUGCACAAAGCCCUAG